UUUUGUGUUUUUGUAAAAUGUAAAUAGUGAAAUUAUUAAAGAUUUUGUUCAGUUAUAAUUGCUUUAAAUUUUAAUUAAAAAAUCAGAUACCGUUAAGUUCUACUGGUUCUAAUAAUAGUAGUCUGAGAUAUUUCUAUCACUCUUUUUAUUCACCACUAGUGAUAUAAAGUAGUUCGAAUAUAAAAACUGUACGUUUUAUCAAGUUUAAUAAUUGCGUGAAAAAUGCCUUUAUCAAAACGAAGAAGAUUAUUUACUCCCAAGAAACAUAAAGCAAAGACCAAUAUUAAGGAUCAAGAUGAACCGAAGGAUAAUGAAGUCACUACAGCCCGUGGCCGUCUAAAAGGAGCUCUAAUGGAAAUGCUAGAACCGGCAGCUGAAGAAUCUGACGCUUCAUCAGAAUAUACACCAGUUAAGCGAGAAAGAAAUAUAAGCAACCAAGAACAAAAAGAAGAAACAACAGAUGAAGAAGAUUCCUCAAACAGAAGGAAAUCACCACAGCAUCAGUCAUAUGUUCUAAAAUUAUUUGAUAGGAGUGUUGACCUAUCACAGUUUAACGAGGACUCUCCACUUUAUCCUAUAUGCAGGGCUUGGAUUGCUAAUCAACCUAAGGCUAACUAUAAGGAAUUUGGUAAAAAAACGCAAGAACCUCAAGCUGCAGAUGAAAGUGUAGACUUGCCUGGUCCUGAAGGCUCUGCAAUAUCUCGCAUACCUGACUUGAUACCAGAACAAAAAGCAUGCAGCAAGAACAACAUUAAUUUAAAUUAUCGAGAAGCUCCCCCGCCUAGCAAGGAGCAGCUCCUUCACGAGCACAUGACGCGCUGGGCUGGCGUACGCGGCGCUUGGCUCGACCGCGCGGCUCUCGUCGAAGCGCGCUAUAACUCCACACAGAAUAUACUUAAUAAAAUUAAUGUCAAUGGUCUUUAAUGGUUGUUACUGAAUUUUUGCAGAUAGAAGAAUUAAUUAUUAGACACUUGAUCAUUUUCUAUGUUACUAUAUCUUUGAUAAAACAUUUUAAAACCAAAUCAAUGUAAUCAGAAAUUAUUAUUACUUUGUAAGGAUGAUUAUGAAUGAAAGUAAUUGAUUUUUCAGUAAUUUUUUUAUAUGUAAAAUAUAUAUUACAAUUAUUUCUUAAUAGA